AAAUUUUGGAAAAAAUGGGGCCAAACGAGCUACUCGCGGAAAAAAUUCAAAUUAUCUUCCCCUCGUUAGGUUUUCCGAAGUUCGUCCUCCUCCUGCCUGUCUCGAAAGAUAAUGGCGGAAUUGAGCCUGGGUAUUCUCAUAGAUAUAGUGGAUGAAGAAUGGGCAAGAGACACUCUGCUUGAUGAUGAUCUUCCAUUACCACCUGUACUGGCUUCUAGGACGGAUGACACUGAAGAUUCGAAUCUGGAGACCCAACAAGUUGAGGUGGACGCUUGGCAUGACCUUGCACUGGGCAACCAGUGAGAUGCCCAGCGAGGAAGGAAAUAUCAUACCGGUGUUUGCAGAUAAAUGAACCUGGCUUUAUCCUGCAGAUUAUAGCUUCUACCCUUGUUGUUCGGACAAUUGCUGAAUUGUUGUAAUUAUUUGAUUUGCUACAUAUUUUAACUCAAGAACAUAUGCAAGAACGCAGCAGCUAUAUUAGUACAUUGGUGAUGGUUGAUAUUUUGCAUGCUUUUGUGACUA